AUGUCUGCCUAUAGCAUGACCUACCCAUGCACAAUGUUGCUUCCUUUAAUAAGCUCACCCGGAUUGUUGAGCUUCCUUCAUUGGAAUCAUACAUCAGAGCUGCAAGAAGGCCAUAUAGGAGUGAGCCAAUUAGCAGGGAAACACGGGAUGGAAGGCGGAAAAGACUUGGCUUUGUUUCACAGAAAAAGGACUAAGGAAAUUUCGCUUGAACCAAACGGGCCCUAA